GAGAGGGAGACGCAGGAGGCGAAACAGCAGAGGAGCUGAGCGCCCUCCGCCCAAGGCGCCCUCCCUCAGUCAGCGCACAGGCGCCGUCGCUUGGAGGAGCAAGGUGCCUCCCAGCCCGCGGGCUCUUGGGUGGCUCUGCCCCGGGACGGCACCUGGAGGCGGCCCCGGACGGGGAUGGUUAGCGGCUGCCGCCGUCUGGCUCACGAGCGGGACGCGGCGAGGGCACCAUGGCGCUGACGCCCGGGUGGGGGUCCUCGGCGGGGCGGGUCCGGCCGGAGCUCUGGAUGCUGCUGUGGGCAGCCGCUUGGCGCCUGGGUGCCUCGGCGUGCCCCGCCCUCUGCACCUGCACUGGCACCACGGUGGACUGCCACGGCACGGGGCUGCAGGCCAUCCCCAAGAACAUCCCGCGGAACACCGAGCGCCUGGAACUCAAUGGCAACAACAUCACUCGGAUCCAUAAGAAUGACUUUGCAGGGCUCAAGCAGCUGCGGGUGCUGCAGCUGAUGGAGAACCAGAUUGGAGCAGUGGAACGUGGGGCUUUUGAUGACAUGAAGGAGCUGGAGCGGCUGCGACUGAACCGAAACCAGCUGCACAUGUUACCGGAACUGCUAUUCCAGAACAACCAGGCUUUGUCAAGACUGGACUUGAGUGAGAAUGCCAUUCAGGCCAUCCCCAGGAAAGCUUUUCGUGGAGCUACGGAUCUCAAAAAUUUACAGCUGGACAAGAACCAGAUCAGCUGCAUCGAGGAAGGGGCCUUCCGUGCUCUGCGAGGGCUGGAGGUGCUGACCCUGAACAAUAACAAUAUCACCAUCAUCCCCGUGUCCAGCUUCAACCACAUGCCUAAGCUACGGACCUUCCGCCUGCACUCCAACCACCUGUUCUGCGACUGCCACCUGGCCUGGCUCUCGCAGUGGCUGAGGCAGCGGCCAACCAUCGGGCUGUUCACCCAGUGCUCAGGCCCGGCCAGCCUGCGUGGCCUUAAUGUGGCAGAGGUCCAGAAGAGUGAGUUCAGCUGCUCAGGCCCAGGGGAAGCGGGGCGCGUGCCCACCUGCACCCUGUCCUCCGGCUCCUGCCCGGCCAUGUGCACCUGCAGCAAUGGCAUCGUGGACUGUCGUGGCAAAGGCCUCACUGCCAUCCCGGCCAACCUGCCCGAGACCAUGACGGAGAUACGCCUGGAGCUUAACGGUAUCAAGUCCAUCCCCCCUGGAGCCUUCUCACCUUACAGAAAGCUACGGAGGAUAGACCUGAGCAACAACCAGAUUGCAGAGAUCGCACCCGACGCCUUCCAGGGCCUCCGCUCCCUAAACUCGCUGGUCCUCUAUGGAAACAAGAUCACAGACCUGCCCCGUGGUGUGUUUGGAGGCCUGUACACCCUACAGCUCCUGCUCCUGAAUGCCAACAAGAUCAACUGCAUCCGACCCGAUGCCUUCCUGGACCUGCAGAACCUCUCGCUGCUCUCCCUGUAUGACAACAAGAUCCAGAGCCUUGCCAAGGGCACGUUCACCUCCCUGCGGGCCAUCCAGACACUGCACCUGGCCCAGAACCCUUUCAUUUGCGACUGUAACCUCAAGUGGCUGGCGGACUUCCUGCGCACCAAUCCCAUCGAGACGAGUGGGGCCCGCUGUGCCAGUCCCCGGCGCCUCGCCAACAAGCGCAUCGGGCAGAUCAAGAGCAAGAAGUUCCGAUGCUCAGCCAAAGAGCAGUACUUCAUUCCAGGCACGGAGGAUUACCAGCUGAACAGCGAGUGCAACAGCGACGUGGUCUGUCCACACAAGUGCCGCUGUGAGGCCAACAUGGUGGAGUGCUCCAGCCUGAAGCUCACCAAGAUCCCCGAGCGCAUCCCCCAGUCCACGGCUGAACUGCGAUUGAAUAACAAUGAGAUUUCCAUCCUGGAGGCCACUGGGAUGUUUAAAAAACUUACACAUCUGAAGAAAAUCAACCUGAGCAACAACAAGGUGUCAGAAAUUGAAGACGGGACCUUCGAGGGUGCAUCCUCUGUGAGUGAGCUGCACCUGACUGCCAACCAGCUGGAGUCCAUCCGGAGCGGCAUGUUCCGGGGUCUGGAUGGCCUGAGGACCCUGAUGCUGCGGAACAACCGCAUCAGCUGCAUCCACAAUGACAGCUUCACGGGCCUGCGCAAUGUCCGGCUGCUCUCACUCUACGACAACCAGAUCACCACCGUGUCCCCGGGGGCCUUUGACACCCUCCAGUCCCUCUCCACGCUGAACCUCCUGGCCAACCCUUUCAACUGCAACUGCCAGCUGGCCUGGCUGGGAGACUGGCUGCGGAAGCGCAAGAUCGUGACUGGGAACCCUCGCUGCCAGAACCCCGACUUCUUGCGGCAGAUUCCCCUGCAGGACGUGGCGUUCCCUGACUUCAGGUGUGAGGAAGGCCAGGAGGAGGGGGGCUGCCUGCCCCGCCCGCAGUGCCCACAGGAGUGCGCCUGCCUGGACACCGUGGUCCGAUGCAGCAACAAGCACCUGCGGGCCCUGCCCAGGGGUGUCCCCAAGAACGUCACAGAACUGUAUUUGGACGGGAACCAGUUCACGCUGGUUCCAGGACAGCUGUCUACCUUCAAGUACCUGCAGCUCGUGGACUUGAGCAACAACAAGAUCAGUUCCUUAAGCAAUUCCUCCUUCACCAACAUGAGCCAGCUGACCACUCUGAUCCUCAGCUACAAUGCCCUGCAGUGCAUUCCGCCACUGGCCUUCCAGGGACUCCGCUCCUUGCGGCUGCUGUCCCUCCAUGGCAAUGACAUCUCCACCCUCCGAGAGGGGAUCUUCGCAGACGUGACCUCCCUGUCUCACCUGGCCAUUGGUGCCAACCCCCUGUACUGUGACUGCCACCUCCGCUGGCUGUCCAGCUGGGUGAAGACUGGCUACAAGGAACCAGGCAUUGCCCGCUGUGCUGGGCCCCCGGACAUGGAGGGCAAGCUGCUCCUCACCACGCCUGCCAAGAAGUUUGAAUGCCAAGGCCCCCCCACACUGGCUGUCCAGGCCAAGUGUGAUCCCUGCUUGUCCAGUCCCUGCCAGAACCAGGGCACCUGCCACAAUGACCCCCUUGAGGUGUACAGGUGUGCUUGCCCCAGCGGCUAUAAGGGCCGAGACUGUGAGGUAUCCCUGGACAGCUGUUCCAGUGGCCCCUGUGAAAACGGGGGCACCUGCCGUGCACAGGAGGGAGAGGAUGCCCCAUUCACGUGCUCCUGUCCCACCGGCUUUGAAGGACCAACCUGUGGGAUAAACACGGAUGAUUGUGUGGAGCAUGCCUGUGCCAACGGGGGCAUCUGUGUGGACGGCGUGGGCAACUACACCUGCCAGUGCCCCCUGCAGUACGAGGGAAGGGCCUGUGAGCAGCUGGUGGACUUGUGCUCUCCGGAUCUGAACCCGUGUCAACACGAGGCCCAGUGUGUGGGCACCCCAGAUGGGCCCAGGUGUGAGUGUGUGCCAGGUUACGCAGGUGACAACUGCAGCGAGAACCAGGAUGACUGCAGGGACCACCGCUGCCAGAAUGGGGCGCAGUGUGUAGAUGAAGUCAACAGCUACUCCUGCCUCUGUGCCGAGGGCUACAGCGGACAGCUCUGUGAGAUCCCUCCCCAUCCGCCUGCCCCCAAGAGCCCCUGUGAGGGGACUGAGUGCCAGAAUGGGGCCAACUGUGUGGACCAGGGCAACAGGCCUGUGUGCCAGUGCCUCCCAGGCUUCGGUGGCCCUGAGUGUGAGAAGUUGCUCAGUGUCAACUUUGUGGAUCGGGACACUUACCUGCAGUUCACUGACCUGCAAAACUGGCCACGGGCCAACAUCACCCUGCAGGUCUCCACGGCAGAGGACAAUGGAAUCCUUCUGUACAACGGGGACAACGACCACAUUGCAGUUGAGCUGUACCAGGGCCAUGUGCGUGUCAGCUACGACCCAGGCAGCUACCCCAGCUCUGCCAUCUACAGUGCCGAGACGAUCAAUGAUGGGCAGUUCCACACUGUUGAGCUGGUCGCCUUUGACCAGAUGGUGAAUCUCUCCAUUGAUGGCGGCAGCCCCAUGACCAUGGACAACUUUGGCAAACAUUAUACGCUCAACAGUGAGGCGCCACUCUAUGUGGGAGGGAUGCCCGUGGAUGUCAACUCAGCUGCCUUCCGCCUGUGGCAGAUCCUCAAUGGCACCAGCUUCCACGGAUGCAUCCGAAACCUGUACAUCAACAAUGAGCUACAGGACUUCACCAAGACGCAGAUGAAGCCGGGCGUUGUGCCAGGCUGUGAACCCUGCCGCAAGCUCUACUGUCUGCACGGCAUCUGUCAGCCCAACGCCACCCCGGGGCCCACAUGCCACUGUGAGGCCGGCUGGGGGGGCCUGCACUGCGACCAGCCCGCUGACGGCCCCUGCCAUGGCCACAAGUGUGUCCACGGGCAAUGCGUGCCCCUCGACGCUCUUUCCUACAGCUGCCAGUGCCAGGAUGGGUACUCGGGGGCCCUGUGCAACCAGGCCGGGGCCCCAGCAGAGCCCUGCAGAGGCCUGCAGUGCCUGCAUGGCCACUGCCAGGCCUUGGCCACCAAGGAGGCACACUGUGUGUGUGACCCCGGCUUUUCGGGCGAGCUGUGUGAGCAAGAGUCCGAGUGCCGGGGGGACCCUGUCCGGGACUUUCACCAGGUCCAGAGGGGCUAUGCCGUCUGCCGGACCACGCGGCCCCUGUCAUGGGUGGAGUGCCGGGGCUCGUGUCCAGGCCAGGGCUGCUGCCAGGGCCUUCGGCUGAAGCGGAGGAAGUUCACCUUUGAGUGCAGUGAUGGGACCUCUUUUGCCGAGGAGGUGGAAAAGCCCACCAAAUGUGGCUGUGCCCUCUGUGCAUAGCGCCAGGCAUGGACAGGUGGUUGAGGGUGGGCAAGGGGGACCCAGCCGUUGCAGCGGGCUGGGGUGCAGGUCAUCACAGGAUGGCUCCUGGGCAGCUGGGCCCUCCUGGGUGGGGUGGUGCCAGAACAGCCUUUUAAAAGCAAAUUGCGCCAUAGCUGUGGGGCAGAGAGGAUGGGUGAGGCCCGGGUUGUGGGCUGCCCUCUCCGGAAGUGCCUUGCACAAAUAGGCGCUUAAUAAAUAUUUGUUGAAUGAAUGUGUGCAUGAGGUCAGGCCAAGAAGUGCAGAACGAUGACACCCCUCCUUACCUGCUACCUGGGUCUGGAGAAGAUAAAUGACACCUUUCCAAACCAGCCCUGCCCUUCUGGCCUGUGGCCCAGGCUGGCUUGGAGCUGGGUCCAUGGCCCCGGAAGCCUCUCACCCCUCUGCAGGUACCAGUGAAGUACUCUCAGCCUCAUCAGCAGCCAGCCUGGCUCAUCCCACUGCUACAGAACCUGCUGGUGGUAGGCCAGGCUGCGGAGCGGGGGUGCCGCCUCCUGCUGGCCAGGGAGGGUUGGACCCUUCCCCUCUGGGCUGACUGGCUGCUCUGCAGCCACUGCGGGUGGAGAUGGUUCUAGGACAAGGCCUCUGAAUCCAAAAGUUCUAGGAUUGACUACUGUAGCUUCAAGGAGGGCUUAUGUGGAGGUAACAGCCACAGGGGCUGCUUAUGGUGGCAGACCCCACCAAAGAGGGCAGGGGCUUCUUUGCUCUAGGUAAACAAACACCAUCUGCCUCCAGACAUUGGCCACAGAAGGGGCACUGGUCCUGGGAUCCCCAGCCAGCAGCCAGCCACAAGCUGUCGGUGAGCUAUCGGCAGAGGGGCUGGGAGUGGGGGUCUGUGCCAGGGUGCUCGACCCUGGAGCAGCUGGUUCAGAGUCCUUCAUACCGCAGGCGGGUAGGGAGCACUGGAAGGGAUGGUGCUGCGGGCAUUGGGAAGUCCCCACUGGCUCUAUCACUCGGGACAAACUUCUCCCCACCUGGGCCUCGGGUUCCUCAGCUGUAAAAUCGGGUGGGUGGGAUGACAGAAGGAACAGUGUAGACUCCCCCACUGUGGUCUUGGGAGGCCAGAGUUAGAAGACUCAUCUUCACGGAUCAUAAGUAUUUAUGUGCCUAACCUGGGGCUGGGAACUGUGGGCAUUCUAGCCUAAUGGACAGAUAGAUAUAAACGAAUCCCAGAGCAUUGCAGGAAUGCCUAGGAUGCCUGGGAAGAGUUGAGCUGAGUGUGGGCUCCAGCCACAGACAGCAGCCCAGGCCAGAGGGUUGCUGGCAGCAAAGGAGCCCGUGUUGGAAGAGGCGCUGAAUAUGAUCAUCUCUGUAGGCGUCUCUUCCAUACACGGUGAAAAUGUAGAAAGAUGGUUUGUGAGGCCAAAUUGUGAAUUGGCUAAAGGGACGCAAAGUUGCCCUUUCCUUCCCCAGAGGGUCUCACCAAGAGGGCACAUCCCCGGGGGCUUCUGGUGGGCAACAGCAGUGAGCAUGUCCCUGCCCUGGCUCCCUCCACCUGUGACCAGGAGGCAUGGCUGGGUGUGUGUUCAGGAUGAGGGACAGAGUGGCACUGUGUCCGUGUCCUGUGCCCACAUCCCCGCCCAGGGCGGUGAGGGGAGCCCCUGAUGCUGAUUAGAAGGCUAGAGCUGGGGUAGGGGGCGCCUGGCAUGUCCCAGACCACAAGGACUCAAUCUAGCAACUGUUGAGUCCAUGGGAAGAGAGCCCACCCUGCCCACCGGGGGAGGCAUCAUCAUGGCAGGAUCUGCCCCUCACCAGGGAGCUGGGAUCUACUUGCUUGUAGCUCUGAGCAAGGCCACAGUCCCUGCCCCCACCCCGAAGUAGACAGCAGCCUGGGCCUCAUCGGGCUUCUCCCAGGGCCACAUAGCACAGCAUCCCUCUCUUACUCCGAGUUCCCAGGCCACCGUGGGACCUUGCAGAACAGCUGCACUGGGCUGGAUAGGGCAGGAAAGCUCAAGGGCAGCUAGCUUGCCUCUUCCCUAGAAGAAAGGUGCUCACCAACUCUGAGAAAGAAAGAUCCCCUGGCCACCACCAUUCCCCACCACCCUGGAGAAGCCAAUUCCCAGGCUUGAAGGGCACUGACUGGCAGGAGACCUCUUCAUUCUGCAGGUGGUAGAAAGGGCACCUGUAGACAGGUGAUACCUCACCCCUCACCUGGCGCCACAGGGCUGGGAGGCGAGUGGCUGGCGUGUUUGUUCCCAGGGAGCACCAUGUGAGCUUAAGCCUCCCCUGACCGGCCCCUCCACGUGGCCCAGCCUCCUAGCAUGGCAGUGCUGACCUCGGAGCAGGCUGAGGAUUGGAAUCCGCCAUGAGGUGAGGUGAGAGCUGUGUGCCCCAGGAUCAGCUUCUUCUCCAAUGUGGCCAUCCACCAGCGAGUUGCUAAGGACCUGAGCCCACACUCACGUUGCCUGUUCACACGCGGCUUCCAAGUCCGGAAUGCGGCUACAGCGAAACUGUCCCUCUGAGAAGUCCUCUCCACAUCUUGCCCCCGCCCCCACCCCUUUGUGAAGACCGCUCGUUCUCUCUGCAUUUUAGACAUGAAGAGAUACAGCAGGGUGCGUCCCGAGGGAGCUGUGGCCUUGGCAACACCCCUGGCGACAGGGCUGGGGCUCCCGGUGAAGGUGUCAGGAAGUGGAAAAGGCUGGACUUUGUCUCCUCUUUGCCUGAUGGCAGCCUAACCGCAAAAGUAUCUCUUUAUACAGAAUACUUACAGAUUCUAAUAUAUAUUUGUAUUUCAUUUUGUUAUAGUAUUUUUAUAUGUUAAAGUCAA